GUAUGCUCUACCCAAAACACGUCUACCAAGUUAUUCAUUUUUCUAUGAACUUUCUACACUAAAUUUAAAGUAAUAGUACUUAAAAAAAAGAGGAUGGUACCUUCUCAAAAAUAUAGAGGAGUUAGGCAACGACAAUGGGGAACUUGGGUAUCUGAAAUUCGCCAUCCUUUACUUAAGAAGAGAGUGUGGCUAGGCACUUUUGAUACAGCAGAAGCAGCAGCAAAAGCAUAUGACCAAGCUGCAAUUGUUAUGUGUGGAAGAAAUGCUAAGAUCAAUUUUCCACCCUCUCAAGAAAUUGGUGUACACAAAGGGCUUAAUAACCUAGCAUCAUCUUCCCCCACUACUCAUGAAAGCUUAUCCCAAGUGCUUCAUGAGAAGCUCUGCAAGUCCAAUGGGAUUCCAUCCUCUUCGCUAACAUGUCUAAGGCUCGACAUUGAGAAUUCACAUAUCGGUGUUUGGCAAAACCGCAUUGGUCCAAGUCCUAGCUCGAAAUGGGUCAAAAUAGUUAAAUUUGCGAAAAAUAAGGAUGUUGAAGUAGAUAUUGAUCAAGAAGAGAGUAUUAACAAAGAACAAGAGAAACAAGAAAAACGAAUAGAAAAUAUGCCAAUACUUCCAUCAACUAAUGGUGCUUUUGGGGGAAUUUAUGAUCAAGGUCAUCAUUUGUCAAUGGAUGAAGAGGAGAGAGUUGCAUUGCAAAUGAUAGAGGAACUCCUUAGUAGAAAUUAUUGCUCUACUACCCCCUAAUUAGUAUUAGGUCUUUUACUUUAUUGUCAUAUACUAUCAUUAUAUAUAUAUAACUUAAUGGGACUUUAUUAGUUUCA